CUUUUUAAGCAAACGUCCGCUCCCCUUUUUUUAUCUCUCUCUCUCUCUCUCCUCACUAAAAAAGCUUUAUCAGUGCUGCCCAUUUUAAUCGCAAUUCUCUUCGAUCGGUCGAUCCUCUUCUUCUUCUUCUUCUUCUCUCUCUCCGUCUCUCUUUUUUGUGUUUCGACGAUCUUCAACCACAUAGAUUUUUCGGAAGCCAUAAACCGACAUGAUACUAUAUUGGAUGCGAAUGCUACCCAAAUUCAUUAUUCAUUACAGAUUCUUUGUUCGCAAAGGCAAUGAAGCCAGGAGUUUCUUCGUUGAAUCCAUAUGCAGCAUCAUACAUACCUCUCGCCAAAAGGGAGGCAAAUGAUAUUGUGACAGCUAAAGAUAUUAAGCAUGAGAAUAAGACUGCUUGGUUUGAACCUUCCUCACACUUUGCACAUAACCCACCACACUAUAGCAAUGUUUCACUUGACUCUGUAACCCAUGGCACUAAAAAGCACCAGAUUCCUGAAACUUCUGCACUGAAAAGCAAUCCUUCCCAUGAUUCUUUGAUGCUAAAUCCGGGUGAAAUGACUGACAAACAGAUUAUGGAUGAAGAAUUUGACAUGGAUUUGGAGUAUCUUCGCAUGGCAUUUCCUGGUUUAUCCAAUGAGUCUCUUGUGGAUGUCUACUUGGCAAACAAUGGAGACUUGGAAGCCACUGUUGACAUGCUGAACCAACUUGAGAUGUACACCGUUGAGUCUUCUGAAACUCUUCCUGACACCUUGGAUAUUGGUGAUGUUUCUGAAUCUGGGUCUUCAGCAACCUGUGGUGCUCUUAAACUGAAGAACGUGGCAGGUGAAACCAGUGCUUCUUCAUCUGGCUCUUCAGAAUCAGCUGUUGCCUCCUGAUUGACUUCAUCAAAGGAUUGCAGUGUUUUUUUUUUCCUUUUUUUUUUUAAUCUUGUAAGUGUUUGUGGAUAAGAAGUAUGCACAAGUAGGAUUCCUUGUUGAGGGCUGAGAAAUGUUGUACUUGCUUUAACAUUUGAAGGGUUAAGGUUGUAUAGUAGUAUGCUGCUUGCCUCUGAUUUCAAUACUGCUUUUGGGGCAUAUUGUUUGGCGAAAAGCUAGUUUUACAUCAGAAAUGAAAAUGAUUCUGUUUGUUCAUGUUGUUUGUU